AUUGACAUAAAAUUCUUGAUAGCAAAGAAGAUACAGUUGAUAGCAGAGGCAGAGGAAUUGAAGCCAUUUUUUAUGAAGGAAGUUGGCAGUCACUUUGAUGAUUUUGUGACCAAUCUCAUUGAAAAGUCAGCAUCAUUAGACACUGGUGGGUGUGCUCUCACAACCUUUUCUGUUCUUGAAGGAGAGAAAAACAACCACAGAGCUAAAGAUCUGAGAGCACCUCCAGAACAAGGAAAGAUUUUUACUGCAAGGCGAUCUCUCUUAGAUGAGCUGUUUGAAGUGGACCACAUCAGAACAAUAUAUCACAUGUUUAUUGCCCUGCUCAUUCUCUUUAUCCUCAGCACAAUUGUAGUAGAUUACAUUGAUGAAGGAAGGCUGGUGCUUGAGUUCGGUCUCCUAUCGUAUGCUUUUGGCAAAUUUCCUACUGUUGUUUGGACCUGGUGGAUCAUGUUCCUAUCUACACUUUCAGUUCCCUAUUUCCUGUUUCAACAUUGGGCCAGUGGCUACAGAAAGAGUUCUCAUCCACUGAUCCAUUCUCUCUUCCAUGGCUUUCUUUUCAUAGUCUUCCAGAUUGGAGUUCUAGGUUUUGGACCAACAUAUAUUGUAUUAGCAUAUACACUGCCACCAGCUUCCCGGUUAAUUGUUAUACUCGAACAGAAAUCAAAGAGCCUUUGGUCUAAAUAUAGUUUUCCUUUUCUAGGCACUGUUCCAAUACCCACAGUCAACCAAUACUUGUACUUCUUGUUUGCUCCUACUCUUAUCUAUCGUGACAGCUAUCCCAGGACUCCUACUGUAAGAUGGGGUUAUGUUGCUAUGCAAUUUGCACAGGUUUUUGGUUGCGUUUGUUAUGUGUACUACAUCUUUGAAAGGCUCUGUGCUCCCUUGUUUCGGAAUAUCAAACAAGAGCCCUUCAGCGCUCGUGUUCUGGUCCUAUGUGUAUUUAACUCCAUCUUGCCAGGUGUGCUGAUUCUGUUCCUUACCUUUUUUGCCUUUUUGCACUGCUGGCUCAAUGCCUUUGCUGAGAUGUUACGCUUUGGUGACCGAAUGUUUUAUAAGGAUUGGUGGAACUCCACGUCCUACUCUAACUAUUACAGGACCUGGAAUGUGGUGGUCCAUGACUGGCUAUAUUACUAUGCUUACAAGGACUUUCUUUGGUUUUUCUCUAAGAGGUUCAAAUCUGCUGCCAUGUUAGCUGUCUUUGCUGUGUCUGCUAUAGUGCACGAAUAUGCCUUGGCUGUUAGCUUGAACUUUUUCUAUCCAGUGCUCUUCGUGCUCUUCAUGUUCUUUGGAAUGGCUUUUAACUUCAUUGUCAAUGAUAGCCGGAAAAGGCCAAUUUGGAAUGUUCUGAUGUGGGCUUCCCUCUUCUUGGGUCAUGGACUUGUUCUGUGCUUUUAUUCUCAAGAAUGGUAUGCACGUCAGCACUGUCCUCUGAAAAAUCCCACAUUUCUGGAUUAUGUCCAUCCACGUUCCUGGACUUGUCAUUAUGUGUUUUAGAAGCUUGGACUUUUUCUUCUUUGUCACUGAAGAUUGGGGCCAGCUGUUUCCAGUUCUUGCUGAAGUUAUCUGUAUUAUUUGGACUACUCCAGGAUUUACAGAUGGCUCACUCUACUCCUAGCUCACCUGAAGCUGAGCUUUUGGAAGUUCACUGGAAUCGUGUAUACUCAAGAAGAACUUUUUUAUCCUUUUUGGGAGAAGGGAGACUUAUAGCUGAGGUACUGACAGAUUUUUGCUAGGCCAUAUUAGCUUAAGCCUCAGUAAUUUUAUCUGUUUUGUUUCUUGACUCCGUCCAAUCAGAGACUAAACAUAUUUUCUUGGCCACUGAAUUAGCCAAAACACUUACAAAGAAAUAAGUACAUCUGGCUUAUAAUGUUUUUCAUGCACACUGUUGGAAUGUAUGCUAAUUAAACAUGCAAUUGGGAAAGAAAAGAAAACAAUGUGGAAUGAUUUUUGCUAUUUCUAGUAGAAAGAGAGAAAAUAUCUAUUUUCCAAAGAAUCUUGUUAUACCUCCUUUUUUAAAAAAUUAGUUCUACUCAAUUUUUACCUUGUUUUCUCUGUAUAAUAUGUGUCAUGAUUUCUACAAAGUAAAAAGAUGCCUUUCACCUUGAAUUCUUGAGUUUGCAUCAAUAAUAU